AUGACCCUCCUCUUCCUUGCACCAGCUUCAUCCUUUGUUAAGUUCAAACGUUUGAAUGAUAGACUUGUGUUGGUAGUUUCUCCAGGUCUCAAACAUGUCAGUAAAGGACGACAAUCCUCCAGCGUCGCCACCCAUCUCAUCCAUGGCGGGGGUAUUGAUGUUGGUACUGAUGAAACUGCUCUUGGACGUUUUGCAGGUUUAGGUAGUGGAGGUGGUAGAAGUGUUCUUAGUCGUGGUGGUGGUGGUUUAGUUGGUGGUGGUUUUGGUUGUGAUACUGGUGGUAGUUUUGGUGGUGGUAGUUUUAGUGGUGGUUCUGGUGUUGGUUCUGGUGGUGGAGGUUUUAGUGGUCGUUCUUAUGUUGAUAGUGGUUUUGAUGGUGGUAGGGGUUUUGGUGGUGGGCUUGGUGUGGGUGGGCGCUGGUGGAGGUUUUUCUCAAGUAGCAGCAUCAGUGGUGUCCCAUUUAUGUUAAAUGAAAAGCAGCAGAUGCAGAGUCUGAAUGACAGACUGGCCACCUAUCUCGAUAAGGUGCGCACCCUUGAAGCAACCAACAAGGACCUGGAGAACAAGCUCAAGAAUUUCCACGAGCAAAGUGGUCAGCAGGGAUUUCACCUUGUACCAGGAGCAGCUGCAGCCCCUCCGUGACCAG